AUGCCAGCAUCGGUUAAUCUCUUUCUUGUAGUUUCAGGAAGAAUUUCCAAUCCAUCUGGGUCAGGACCAAAGUGUCUGGUGUCAUUGGAGCUGAGACCAACAGCCAGAUCCUUGGAUGAUCUAAUCAGAUUCUCGAUUUCCUUAUCAACAGGAAUCGCCUGGAGCUUGAGUGUAGUAGUUGUGGACGACAUUGCAAUUUUGCCUAAGUUGCGUGCAAUUUCGCACCCUUUAUAUCUGUUUAAUACUGUGGCUACAAGUCAGUGUACUUGGUUAGAUAGCUAUUAUUUGUUGUGGCGUUCAGCCGCAAAGCCGCUGACUUUAAAAGAUUCCACCACAGUUAUUAGUAAUCCGGAUCAACUGUGA